AAAAGGUGUUAUUAAACUCGCAAGUAUACGAGCUGAAGCAGUCAGAUAUUGAUGUGACAGUAACAACAACAGAUGGCAGGUCAUACAAAGCAAAAUACUUGAUUAUGGCUAUACCCCUUCCGUUACAAAUGAAGCUACACUAUGACCCACCUUUACCACCUCUAAGAAACCAGUUGAUCCAGAGAACUCCUGUUGGAUGUGUAAUAAAAGCCAAUGUUUACUAUAAGAAGCCAUUCUGGAGAGCAAAAGGUUUCAAUGGGUUCCUAGCAUGUCGAGAUGGACAACUGGUAUUGGGGAAUGUGUUAGAUGAUUGUAGAGAUAACCUUCCAUUGGCUGCAGUCACGGUAUUUGUGUUUGCCGACCAUGCUAUUAAGAUGCAAGGUCUUUCGAAAGAAGAAAGAAUGAAAAUCAUAGCUCAAGACCUAGCUAAGGCUUAUGGAUGUGAUGAGGGCUUACAGCCAGUCCACUAUGAAGAGAAAAACUGGCUAGGAGAACAGUAUUCAGGAGGGUGUUAUGUGUCAACUUAUCCUCCAGGUGUUCUCAGCAGAUAUGGAAGGACAAUAAGAAAACCUUUCAACUUAGUCUACUUUGGUGGAACAGAGACCGCAACUUCUUGGCCUGGUUACAUGAAUGGUGCAGUACAAGCAGGAGAGAGAGCUGCACGAGAGGUUCUUCAUGCCCUGGGCCAUAUUUCUUACUCAAGUAUUUGGAAGGAGGAACCAGAGAUCAAGGAGGUGCCAGCGAAACCAUUCCAAUUAUCAUUUAUUGAACGCCAUCCUCCAUCUUUCAGAACUAUCAUAAGUUUUAUUGGCCUUUCAACUGUUGGUUGUAUUAGUGCAACAUGUUUUUUACUGUAUAGAUAUCUAUAUAAGCCAUGAACUGUUGAUACUCCUACUUUGCUCUAACACUGUUCUGUGUAUAUCUUGGGUGCUUUUUGACCUCUCAACUGCUAAUGCUGCUGAAUAUCUAUAUAAGUCAUGAAAUGUUGAUGGUUUAAUCUCAUGAUCUUACCUGGUUCUAACACUGCACUUUGUAUAUCUUGGUUGCUUCUUGACCUCUCAAGUAUUAAAGGAGUUCUUUUUCUUAAUAUUGUACAUUAUAAAGGAAAGUCAUUUUGUUCCAAAAGCUGUAUUAUUUCUAAUUCUGUUUGACAUAUUUGAUAAAACAGUGAACUUGUGCAAAUUCAAACCUAUUUAUAUUAAAAAAGAAUUUCAUUAGGAUUUUAAAACUGAGUUGAAACCAGGGACAGUUGUACAAUUUUAACCAUAGGAACAGAGAACAUGUAGUUCAAUUGUUAAGUGCUGUACUUGUUUAAUUGUAACCAUAGAAACAGAUCUGAAAUUUGAAUUAUAGAACAGCUGUACCUGUAUGAUUGUAACCAUAGAAACAGAGACAAUUUAAAAUUAAGACAUCUGAUUGUUACAAAUAAUACAAACAAAAACUUUAACUGAAAUUUGGAGCAGUUGUGACAGUUUCAAGUAUUUAUUUCUACCAGAGGUAAGUAAGUUUAAUAAGCAUGUAAGAAAUUUGUUUCACAUAAAUGACAUAGACUGGAUGUUUUAGACUUUACUACAUAAAAUUCGAUAAACUUAUCACUAUAACUUAAGUAAAUUUAAGGCUCACUUUAAAUAAAUAAUUAUGGCAGGUUUAUAGAUAAUUGAAGCAUGCAGAUGAAAUCUUUCUAAGAAUAUACAAGAAAAAUAAUAACUUGCACACUUCUGUAGACUUGUGGAAAAUGUACCAAACUUCACAGUUGUACACAAGAAAGAUAAUAACUUACACACAUCUGGAGACUUGUGGAAAAUGUACCAAACUUCACAGCUGUACACAAGAAAGAUAAUAACUUACACACAUCUGGAGACUUGUGGAAAAUGUACCAAACUUCACAGCUGUACACAAGAAAGAUAAUAACUUACACACAUCUGGAGACUUGUGGAAAAUGUACCAAACUUCACAGCUGUACACAAGAAAGUUGAUAUCUUACACACAUCUAAGGGCUUGUGGUUUUGCAACUGCUUAGAAGAAAGAUAAUAACUUACAUCUAAACACUCGUUGGAACAGUGAACUUUAUUUAUUUUAAACAUACAACCAACUGGUGACAAAAUAAUUGUUUAGGUAGAAUAAUAUUUUCAUUGCCACUGAAAUAAUGUGCAUCUCUUGGAUUGAUCAAACAAAAUUCACUUUAUUAUAAGAUCUCUUUUAAUUUUCAGUGUAAAAUGUCAAUAUUUGUAUUUAAUAUACAGAAAACAAAUGUUACAGGAAAUAACUUCCA